GAUGAAAAGCAAAAGUUUUUGGAAUUUGUAAAAACAGCAGCUGUGAGUGAUAAUUUUACGCCUUUAAAGCAAAAAUAAAAUAUAAAAACGAAAUAAUAUAGACAAAGAAAGAACAGAUAUAUAGUAGUGUUUGAAUCGAAAUUACAGAAAAAAGUUAAUAAGUAAAAUUAAAAGAUAUAAAAUUGAAAGAAGCUUCAAAUAUGGAGCAAAGUUUCAGUUCUGGGGGCUCGAAUGCUUCCGGAGAUAGUGUCGGAGGCUUUGGCCAGAAUACUACGAUAAAUAAUGCAAGUGCCAGCGAUAUUAUUUACAAUAAGAAUGUCACCCAAAACAGUGGUGGCAACGGAAACGGAUUAACACCUGAAGUGAAGGAGAUCUAUAGAUCUCUUUACAUUGUUGCCAAACAACUAGACGAUGAAAAGAAACACAUUAGCACCAUUUCUCAACUGUUUCAACAUGAUUUGGAAGAGAAACGUUCUCAGCUGGUUCAGCUUUGCAAAAAGAUUGUUUUUAAGGACUACCAAUCAGUGGGUAAGAAAGCUCGUGAAAUCAUGUGGCGCAAGGGAUAUUAUGAGUUUAUCGCUUACGUGAAGAAAAACUGGCACAAAGAAUUAAAAGACACCACCCAGAUCAGUACACAAGACAAUCUAUUAAAAGUGGAACGUUUUCUCUGCGCUGGAAUAUCAAAUUACAAACGAAUGGCAGCUCAAAUGGAAGAGAUAUAUGAUCUUGACUUGAAAUACUUAAUUGAUUUUAGUAUUAUUAGUGACGGAUAUUUGAGUGAAAUUGAUCAUAAGCAAACAGGCGAGAACAAUGGCGCAGGCGAUGUUAGUGCUGCACAUCCAGUGGAUAAAAGUUUAGAAGCAGUUUCAUUUGCUUUAGACACUAUACAUUCAUCACUGUUGAGUUUAGGCGAUUUGCACCGUUACUUUUUGGACUUUCGCAUUGACACGCGCCUAAAGGUAACUAAACAACAAGCUGCCAAAUAUUACUUUGAAGCAUUCAAACUGAAUCCGGCAAUUGGCAUGUCCCAGAAUCAAUUGGGUACACUCUACUAUGGCCAAAAUCACGAUUUGGAUUCCAUCUAUCAUUACUUAUACUCCUUGGUUAGCAUUGUACCAUUUGAGUUAAGUGAAAAUAAUGUGUGUAAGCUUUUUGCCUCUCAUGCCGAUUACCUGGAAAAAUUGGACCCAGAGAAGAUAGAAUUUAGUCUUCAAGAUUUCUACGCUCGCUUUUAUUUGAUUGUAGACAUAUUCUUCUUCGAUAAAGAAGUGCCCGAUUUCAAUUCUCUUUGUCACUGCGUACUUGUAGACUUGCGCAAAGUGCUCUGCUCUAAGGCAUUCACCAUUGAAGAAAGUUGCAUUUUCAAAAUUGUCUCGAUACUGUUUUUCUGCUUAUCUAAGCUAAAGAUGAUAAACUCCCAGAAGGUUUACUCGCUAAAUGCUUUCCUAGUAGCUGUGUGCUCCGAUCUAAUGGAUGCAUGCAUUGUAAAUUUGGAGCAAACAAUUUUGGCCAAAUCUGCGGAGAAUGAAGAAUUUCAUGAAAUGUACUCAGAUAAGUUUGAUGAGUUUAAUAUGGUAGUACGCAAAUCACGCAACGAAUAUAAAAAUUGGCUUGUUACUAUUGGCGAAGCUGACAAAAAAGAGAAGAAACUUAAUGCUAAAUUGUCGUUGAAAGAAUGCUCAUCUGAUUCGCGAGACAGUCAAAACUCAAAUGACGAAUAUGCCAUCAAAACUCAGGACAGUCAUAAGCACACCAAAAUUGAUGGUGGCACCGAAAAGAAUGCCGACCCCAUAUCUACGCGUUCGAGCGAUGAAGCGAAAGAGAGCGAUCUGAAGACACCGUUAUCGUGCAAGAGCAAGAAGAAAGGCAUGAAACUACGUCGUCGUAGACGCAAAAUUGCGCAGUCGGAUGAUAGCUCGUGUUAUGACACCGAAAGCGAUAUGGAUACCGACUUUAGCACAGACGAUGAGGACUACACCGAUUUAAGUUCAAAUUUUGAUACCGAUUUCAGUGACAUCGAAGCUGAACCCGUGGCUGAUGAACGCGAGGAGGCUGAUGAAGCAGACUUUGUCAAGCAGCCAACAAAAUCAGUAGCUCAGGAGCAAAAUGCGCCGCGUUUAACUUCGGCAGCGUCCAAGGAAAGCUUGACUUCCAAUGAAGGCGUCGGUCCGACUUUCUCCGACAAUGAAGACAUUGUUAUUGAGGAGGAGAAAAUUAUUUAUCCCGAUGAGCAACAGGCAACGCUAGCAAAACAACGCACCGAUUCACAGGAGGUUGAUAGCGAGGAAUUGCUGCGCUCUUUUGAGAUAUUGCAGAUGAAUGGUAGUGGCUCCCUCAACUUCAAGAAUACCGACAAUGAGGAAUCACUACCGGCGGUUUUAGAAAAUAAUGAGAAGCAUCAAACUGUCGAAGAUGUCAAUUUCAAUCCGGGAGAGCCGCCAAAGAAACUUGUUUAUCGCAACAAGUAUACAAAAAUUAAUCCGAAUAUAAUAAUUGAGUUUGCGCGCCACGAGCCAACCAUGCGUGCUUUGAAAAUUCUAUACGAUUGGUUACGCAUCAAUCAUGAAAUUCUCUUCGGUUGCUAUCACUCCAAUCCGGAAUUCAUACACAAGAUUAUGAAGCUGCUAAAUUACUGCAACAUCGACAUAUUUACACGUAAAGUGUACUUCGAACGUGAAUUCCUAACCACACCCAAUGUGCGCACUCCACUCGGCGAUUUAUUCGAUGUACGCGCCAAUGUGCCAUUGGCAGAAGAUUUCGUUUUCAAAAAUUUUGACAUUUUCCAAGGCACCCAACUGACUUUGGAUUGGGAGACAACCAUACGUGAACACGUCACACCCGAAGAGGAGUGUAUUCUGCGUAUUUUCAAAAUGGUGGAUUUCGGUUUCUUUAUUUGCAAGCAAAAGAAAUUCAAUUAUCGCUUCUGCGUAAAGAGUCGCCGCUUCACUGAGAAUGCCAAGAAAAAGCGUGAGGAGAAGAAAUCGUCCUCACGUCGUCGUGAGCGACGCACAGUGAAGAAUGCAACACGCAAGCGAGCCGAAGGACGCACACGCCGUUACUCGGACCGUAAGAAUGGCAUCGUCCGUAAGAGUUACACCAGCAAUGAGGAAAAAGAUACUGUUGAGGAAUGCAAGAAAAUGCCGCGCAAAGGAUAUUUGCGUAAUCGUAAUAUUGAAAAGUCGGUGACAUGCAAUAACUUCGGCGGUGCUGGUGGUGGCGGUGGUGGGGGCACAUCCGCUUCCACGACCACCAACAGCGCGAUGUGCGAUAAAGUUUUACUACAAUCCAGCAGUGGCGCUGACGAAGAACGCUCAGAGGCUAUGUCGAAGAAAUGUGAGAUGAUGGGCAAGCUGUGGCUCAAGAACGAAGUCGAAACACUUGAGGAAGAGUUAAGAAAAAAUCCAUUGAACAUCAUCAUGACGCCAUUUCUAGUUGUUGACGCUAAAGCUUUGACUGAAUAUAACGGCAUAGUUAAAAAUCUGGUGAAAACUAAGAAGUUUAUUGUGCUCAUACCGAAUGCAGUUUUGAACGAGUUGGACGAUCUGAAGAAACGGAGUGAAAAUGCACGUAAUGUCAUACGUUGGCUGGAGCAGGAGUUUAAGCAUGGAAAUAGACAUUUGCGCGCACAGCGUGAUAAUGAGAACUUGACCCUUUCCUUGUUGAAAAUACCCCGAAAACUGGAUCGCGACGCUAGCGUAUUCUUGCAAAUUGCACAGUUUUGCAAUCAUCUUGUUGCCAAUCAUUCGGAUCCCAAAUCUGCCGAAUUCCAAAGCAAUGUCAUCACAUAUUUGUCUGGCGAUUCGCUGCAUGAGAAACAACGCAAUCAAACAAACUUUAGUUUUACUGGCAUCUUGGACACUAUACCCGUGCGUUACGAGCAGAUCUCUAAUUUCUAUUCGAAAUUCAAGGCGAACAAAAAAUGAACCCAUACACGCUGCAGGAGCAACGCCUGCGUGGAGCGUUUUGUGUGAACUCAAGAUCAUAAAAACUAAUGAAGAGAUGAGGAUGAUUAGGGAAGAUAAAGAAUAAGAAGAGCUUACGAAGGAUUAAGGAUCUAUGAAAACGAAAAACAAAAUCAAAUCAAUUCAAACCAAACCAACAAAAACAACACAGAUAAAUUCCAGAACGUGAAUGAUGAGUGAAUUUAUUGAACGCAAUAACAACAAGGGCGGCGGCAGCCAUAGAGGCUACAACAGCGUUAGCAGUAGUAGCAGCAGUGCGGCAGCAUCAGCAGCAAAAAAUAAAAAAAAAAA